AUGUCUGGCGGCACGUGGCCCAACGGCUCCACGGCGCCUCACCUGCCACUUUCCAACGACUCAUUCGAUGACUUUGAAAGUUCUCUCGACCGGGCGCUCCACCUGGCCUCCACAAACUUCAACAGCUUUUUCCGAGCCUCCACCAGCCGCCACGGCCUGCUGGGCUCUAUUUCCGCCAUUCCAUUGGCCAGUUUUUCCAGUUCCGAAGACCCUGAUGACGCCCACGAAUUGUUUGGUGCCGAUUCACAGCCCUUAAUCGCCGGUAACCUCGGCUCGUUUGACGAUACUCGUCAACUUCCACGUUCUCCAUCGCCUUCAUACCAUGGGGCCACCUCUUUUUCCGCCAAACUUCGCCAGACGCUCAGACGCCUGCUAGGGCUCUACCGGUUCGUUCGGGGUGAGAUGAGUCGUGAAUUGAAGCGGCGUUCUGCUGAAUCAGAUGACUUGGGUCUGGAGCGUUAUGUGUCUCCCCGAAAUAACAGCAAGAAGUCGUUUGUCACCAAUGCGGUGUCCAAUGCAAAAUACAAUCCCAUUACGUUCAUUCCGGUCAUUCUCUACGAGCAGUUCAAGUUCUUUUUCAACUUGUACUUCUUACUCGUGGCCCUAUCGCAGAUCAUUCCACAAUUGCGGAUCGGAUACUUAUCGUCGUACGUGGUCCCAUUAGCCUUUGUUCUCACAGUCACCAUGAUGAAGGAGGCCGGUGACGAUAUUGCACGUCGACGCAGAGACAUGGACCAGAACAACGAGCAAUAUGAAGUGCUCAACAGAGAGUCCCCGCUUACGCAAGACGUGACAAUGGUGGCCUCAAAAAACCUCAAAGUCGGUGACUUGGUGCGUCUUCAUAAAGACCGAAGAAUCCCAGCCGACAUGAUCCUCAUCCAGUCAUCAGACUCCAAUGGUGAGUCUUUCAUCAAGACUGACCAGUUGGACGGAGAAACAGACUGGAAACUUCGAAUUGCAUGCAGCGUCACCCAAAUUAUCACCGAUGUGUCUAAGCUCGUAAAUAAUAUCUCAUUGAUUGUCGGCCGUCCAACGAAGAAUAUCCAUACAUUUGAUGGAAAACUCAUAUAUCAUCAAAGCUCCGCUAAUAACAAAACAGUGCCUUUAACUGUGGAUCAGACGUUAUGGGCAAACACAGUGCUUGCCUCGGGUACUGCUAUUGGUAUCGUGGUAUACACCGGAGUUGAGACCCGCCAGCUGUUGAACACCACCAUGUCUGGUGUGAAGACAGGCUUAUUGGAACUUGAGAUUAACAGCCUCUCGAAAAUCUUGUGUGUUACCGUGUUCUUUUUGUCUGUAAUAUUAGUUCUUGCUCAUGGAUUUCCUUUGAAGAGCACCUGGUACAUUGACAUAUUGCGGUUUCUUAUUUUAUUUUCUACAAUUAUCCCGGUAUCUCUCAGAGUCAACUUGGACCUUGCCAAAUCCGUUUAUGCUUCUCAGAUUCAAAAUGAUCAUGAGAUUCCCGACACUAUCGUGCGAACAUCGACCAUUCCUGAAGACUUGGGUAGAAUUGAGUACUUGUUGAGUGACAAAACAGGAACUUUAACCCAAAACGAUAUGGAAAUGAAAAAACUCCAUCUUGGCUCCAUUUGCUAUGCAGGUGACACGUUAGACAUUGUCACGGAAUAUGUCAGUAAGCUCCUACUCAUUGAACUGGCACAAGGCGCUUCAUCAAAGAGGAAAGACUUGGGUUCCAGGGUCUGUGAUUUUGCACUUGUGCUUGCACUCUGUCACAACGUUACACCUUCAGAAGAGGAUGGAGAGGUAUCUUAUCAGGCAGCAUCGCCUGAUGAGGUUGCUAUUGUGAGGUUCUGUGAAAGCGUGGGCCUUCGUUUGUACAAGCGUGACAGAUCGUCUAUCACCCUUUUGCAUCUUGCAACCAAUCAGGAAUUGCAUUUUAACAUCCUCUACAACUUUCCAUUCAACUCGGACACCAAGAGAAUGGGAAUUGUUAUCAGGGACGUUUUGAAAGACGAAAUUUGGUUCAUGGAAAAAGGCGCAGACGUGGUCAUGUCAAGAAUUGUGAAUAGCAAUGACUGGCUAGAGGAAGAAACCGGCAACAUGGCCCGAGAGGGCUUACGAACUUUGGUAAUCGGAAGAAAGAAGUUAAACAGUACCUCAUUUCAGGAUUUUUCUAAGGACUAUGAACAAGCUGCAUUGUCAAUGAACGGACGUGAAGCAGCUAUGCAGAAAGUAGUUGGGCAGUAUCUUGAGACAGAUGUUGAGCUUCUUGGCUUGACGGGAGUGGAGGACAAGUUGCAGAAGGACGUGAAAACUUCCAUUGAGCUUCUCCGUAAUGCUGGUAUAAAGAUUUGGAUGUUGACAGGUGAUAAAGUUGAAACCGCAAAGUGUGUGGCCAUCAGUGCCAAGUUAAUUUCUAGAGGUCAGUUCGUUCACCAGAUCACAAAAGUAUCACAUCCUGACAUGGCAAUGUCUCAGCUUGAUCAAUUAACAAUCAACUCUAACUCUUGUCUCUUGAUUGAUGGUGAGUCCUUAGCAGUCUACAUGAAGUAUUUCUCGAAAGAGUUCUUGGGAAUUGCUAUUCGGUUACCAGCAGUGAUUGCUUGCCGGUGUACUCCUCAACAGAAGGCCGAUAUUGCUUUGGCAAUCAAGCAAAUUACCGGAAAGAGAGUUUGCUGUAUUGGAGACGGAGGAAAUGAUGUGUCCAUGAUCCAGAGUGCCGACGUCGGUGUGGGUAUUGUUGGAAAGGAGGGCAAACAGGCAUCUCUUGCAGCUGACUUCAGUAUUGAUCAAUUCCACUACUUACUGAAGCUCUUACUCUGGCACGGCAGAAACUCAUACAAGAGAUCGGCCAAAUUGGGCCAAUUUAUCAUUCACCGUGGAUUAAUUAUUUCUGUUGCCCAGGCAAUUUAUUCCAUUUCAUCUCACUUUGAGCCUUUAGCGCUUUACAAAGGCUGGCUUAUGGUUGGCUACAGUACCCUAUACACCAUGGCUCCGGUGUUUUCAUUGACUCUCGAUACUGACAUCGAUGAGAAACUCACCAAACUUUACCCUGAGUUGUACAAAGAACUUACAUUGGGUAAAUCUUUGUCAUAUAAGACUUUUUUCAUGUGGGUGGCUAUCUCCCUUUUUCAAGGUAGUGUAAUUCAGCUCCUCUCCCAAAAAUUUCAAAGUCUUGAUGAGGAUAAGUUCUUGACUAUGGUGAGUAUCUCGUUCAGUUGCCUUGUUUUUAAUGAAUUGAUAAUGGUAGCUCUCACGAUCAACACGUGGAAGAAAACUAUGGUCAGCACCAUUGUGGUGACCUUCAUGAUCUAUGUGGUGCUGAUCCCAUUCUUGACGGAAUACUUCGAUUUGGACUACAUCACCAGUUUUUCAUUCUAUUGGCAGACAGCCUUGGUUCUUGCUGUCAGUCUCUUCCCUGUAUGGUUGACGCAGACUGUUAACAGGAAGCUUAGGCCCCCAUCGUAUGCUAAGGUGCAGCAGCAGUAA